AUGGAGGUGGCGGUAGUGGUAGUGGUGGAAGGGUGUGGCAAUGGCGAUGAUGGAAGGCGGUGGAAGGCGAUUGCGGUGGUGGUGGUGGUGGAAGGCAAUGGAGGUGGUGACGGCGGUGGAAGGCGGUGGUGGUGGAAGGCAGUGGCGAUGGAAGGCGGUAGAGGGGUAGUGGGGGUGAAAGGCGGUAGUGGUGGUGAAAGACGGUGGCUGGUUGUGGAAAGUGGUACAUGUGUGCAUGUGGUGAGCGGCGGUGGUGGUGGAAAGUGGUGGCGGUGGUGGAAGGUGAUAACGGUGGUAGUGGUGGGGGUGGUGAAAAGUGAUGAUGAUGGUGGUAGUGGUGGCAGUGUGGUGGUGAAAGGCGGUGGCGGCGGUUGCGGCAAGGCGGUGUCAGUGGUGAAAGGUGGUGGUGGAAAGCGGUGGGCAAUGGUGAAAGUCAGUGGCGGCGGCUGCAGUGGAAAGCAGUGGUAG